CAUUCAUGACCCAAUCGGAGCUCUGCCCCCCUUCCGAGCGGAUCUGAAUGGAUCAACAAGGAUGUGUGGGUGACUGGCUGGCUGGGACGAUGCGAUGCGAUGCGAUGUGAUGCGCCUGUUCUGCCUGCGAGUUAAAGACAUACCUUUCUCCGACGUCACUCCGUUUGUCUCGACACUGCCACCACUGACUCGCUCACUUUCCUGCCUACCUACCACCUACCUGCCAGCUGCCAGGGAGAAGCCGGGUUUACUUUCCGCCACUAAUAUCAUCUCAUCUCAUCUCAUCUCACCUCACCUUACCUUACCUCACCUUGCCCUUCGAUCUGGCCUCCCUUUUUUCAUUGUCGGGUUGAUUUAUCUCCUGUUACAACAAAAGUCCGCUCUACCCUCCCUCCUUUCCUCUAAUGCAGAGCCACGGCCGGAAUCCCGUUGAAAUUGUGAAAAUUCCUUCUAUGUGCACAAUCCUGCUGCUUUCCGUCCGACGCUGAAACAAAUCAAAACGCAUCGCUCCGGUGUUGG